AAGCAGCUCUUUUCCCUUUGGGUUCUAUCGCCAGGUUACCCUCACAUUCACAAACACAAAACAUAAAACAGGAGGCGUCCCAGAACGCCACAUGGGGGGUAAACCUUCCCCUGGAGUUCGUUUGACUCUCCCAGGACCUCGCUAACAUUCUCGGUUCCUUGUGUGUGAUGGACCGGCGCACAACGGCAACAACACGCUCUCAUCACUUCAGGGUGUCCGUGCGCACUUCCUCCUCCCUGCGCCUCCGAAUCGACCCAGUCUUUCUUCCUUUUCAUCCUCUUUUCCCUUUUUUUUAAACUCGUCCUCCCCCCACCUCUCCGCCCGGUGGUAUCGCCCGACGGUGAAGCGGAGAGCGCAGUUAUCGGCUGCAGGUCGCGCGGAGAGGAACGCAGAUCUACGGACCCUCGAACCUGUUUCUGGUCUGCUCAAAGUGCAAGUCCCGUUCGCUUUUUGUAAAUCUGGCGUUUUUCAUCAACUUGGGAAAUACUAAACAGCCUUGAAGAAUCGAUUUGAAAAGGACAGACGGCCCUCUCAGCCCCGUCCCUACACCCCAGUGAUGCUUAGCUGCUUUUUCCCAGAGGCCCACCUUGGCAGUUAGAGGAGAGGUCAUCACCAUGACAGCAUCCUCACUGGAGUCACGCCCCUCGUCUGUGGCUGCCCUCCUCCUGCUCCUCCUCUUACCGGCUGUUUUAGCGCAGAACUCUGCCGUCCCAACGACUCCGACCCCGCCUUUGUUUAAUCCGCUGAACCGCCCCGAGUGCACGAAGAAAGAGCAUCCAAAGGUUUCGAUUCAAGUGCUCAGCCCGUGGAUUUCCAUUUUCUCCCAGCCUGGAGUGAAAGACUACUCACAGCUCACCCUUGACCUGACUAGGAAUGAGCUUAUUGUAGGUGCCAGAAACUACCUUUUCAGACUGGACCUGAAUAAUAUGUCACUAGCACAGGCGACGGAGUGGGCGCCAGAUGAGGAAACCAGGAGGUCCUGUCAGAGCAAAGGCAAAACGGAGAUUGAAUGUCAGAACUACAUCAGAGUCCUGCUGCUGAACAAGACCGAGGUCAUGACCUGCGGCACGAAUGCUUUCCAGCCUCUUUGUAUCACCAGAGAGGUGGGUAACCUGAGCCGAGUGUUGGAGCGUGUAAACGGCGUGGCCCGGUGUCCGUACGACCCUCGUCACAACUCCACGUCUGUGGUGACGGAGAGCGGAGAGCUGUAUGCUGCCACUGUCAUCGACUUCUCGGGCAGGGAUCCUGUCAUUUACAGGAGCCUGGGAGGCAUGCCACCUCUGCGGACGGCCCAGUACAACUCCAAGUGGCUCAACGAGCCCCACUUCAUCUCAGCCUACGAAAUUGGUCUCUUCACUUUCUUUUUCCUGAGGGAAAACGCGGUGGAGCAUGACUGUGGCAAGACAGUCUAUUCCCGCGUGGCCCGAGUCUGCAAGAAUGACAUCGGUGGGCGAUUUCUCCUGGAAGACACAUGGACCACAUUCAUGAAGGCGAGGCUCAACUGCUCCCGCUCUGGAGAGAUCCCUUUUUACUACAACGAGCUGCAGAGCACCUUCUACCUGCCUGAGCAAGACCUCAUCUAUGGCAUCUUCACCACCAACGUCAACAGCAUUGCAGCAUCUGCCGUGUGUGCAUUCAACCUGAGCGCCAUCACCCAGGCCUUCAAUGGACCUUUCCGCUCCCAGGAGAAUCCGCGCUCCACCUGGCUUCCCACGCCCAACCCCAUCCGUGACUUCCAGUGUGGAACUAUAAGCGAUCGGGGUCCCAAUGAGGGCUUGACAGAGCGCAGUCUGCAGGAUGCUCAGCGGCUCUACCUCAUGAACGACGUCGUGCAGCCCGAGUCUGUCGAUCCGCUCGUCAUGCAGGAUGACGUUCGCUUUUCAAACCUGGUUGUAGACAUCGUUCAGGGAAUGGACACCCUCUACCACGUCAUGUACAUCAGCACAGAAUACGGCACUAUUCUGAAAGCACUGGCGACAUCCAACAAGAACUUGCAGGGCUGCUACCUGGAGGAGAUGGAGCUCCUCCCACCAGGUGUGCGAGAGCCAAUCCUGAGCCUUCAGAUCCUGCACAGCGACAGAUCUCUGUUUGUUGGGCUGAGUGACAGGGUGAUGAAGAUCCCUCUGGAGAGAUGUGGCACCUACAAAACGGAAACAAUGUGUUUGGAGGCGAGGGACCCAUACUGUGGCUGGGACUUCAGACAGCGUAGAUGUACCACCCUGGAAGACAGCUCCAACAUGAGCCAGUGGAAGCAAAACAUCACUGUUUGUCCGCUGAGGAACCAGACCACCAAUGGGGGUUUUGGACCGUGGGCACAAUGGCAGCCCUGCAACAACGAUGACCCCGUGGACGGCGUGAGCUCCUGUUUGUGUCGCUCCAGAUCUUGCGAUAGCCCUCUUCCGCGAUGUGGAGGCAAAAACUGUGUAGGACCCACCAUUGAAGUCUCAAACUGCUCAAGAAAUGGAGGCUGGACACCAUGGUCGUCAUGGGGACAGUGCAGCACAACCUGCGGGACAGGAUUCGAGCUCCGCCAGCGCUCUUGUAACAACCCGUCUCCAAGACAUGGCGGGAGGGUGUGCGUGGGGCCAAGCAGGGAUGAAAGGUUUUGCAAUGAGGGCGUUCCGUGUCCACAGCCCAUAUUCUGGACCCCGUGGAGCUCCUGGACCAAGUGCAGCACAGCCUGUGGGGGAGGGGUCCACUCCAGGGUCCGCACCUGCGAAAACGGCAACAGCUGCCCCGGAUGUGCUCUGGAAUACAAGGCCUGUAACCUGGAAGCCUGUCCCGAGGUCAAGAGAAACACACCUUGGACACCAUGGAUGCCUUUUAAUGUGACCCAGAGUGGAGCUCGUCACGAGCAGAGGACGCGGUACAUGUGCCGAGCUCACCUGUCUGACCCGCACGAGCUGCAGAUCGGACGGAGGAAGACGGAGACACGCAUCUGUAAGCACGAUGGGACGGCAUCGUGUGAAACCGACAGUCUUGUGGAGGAGCUUCUAAAGACACCGGUGGUGAGAAUUGCUGGUCUGGGCUGGUCGUCGUGGGAGACCUGGUCCAGCUGCUCGCAGAGUUGCGCCAAAGGCUACCGCACCCGUCGGCGGACAUGCGCCGGGCCCGAGGGAAAGAGCGCUCCCGUGGCGUGCCGUGGUUCUCCCGUGGAAUACCAGGACUGUAACGUGCAGCCGUGUCCCGUGAACGGCGCCUGGUCGUGCUGGUCGCCCUGGUCUCAGUGCUCCGUGGGUUGCGGUGGUGGUCACUACCAACGGACGCGCUCCUGCAACAGCCCCACGCCAGCCAGCGGGGGGGACAUUUGCAUAGGUCUUCACACAGAGGAAGCCCUGUGCAACACCCACACAUGUGACGAUUUUUGUGCAGAAAGAAAGGAACAGGUGGUGGAGACUCAGCAGCCAGUCGCUGAACACCAGACUGAUAGGAAAGGCAAAAGGAGUCUGUCCUCUGCCGCCACUGGGGGUGACUGUGCCAAAACUUCACACUUGAGAGCACACCGAAUGCGUCCAGGUGGCUGGAUGACCUGGUCUCAGUGGUCCGCCUGUGAUGACUCAGGCUUGCAGAUGAGGAGUCGGGUGUGUGGUUCUCAGAGCAGCACCCCCUGCUUAGGGAACAGUACCCAGCGCAGAGACUGCAAUGAAAUACCCGUCAUUCUCCCUGCAUCUGGUUUUGAUAAGGACCAGCAAUGUGGAGCCUUCACCUCCAUCCACCUAAUCGCCACCGGUGUUUCCUGCUUUCUUGGAGCGGGGUUGCUGUCCUUCCUUAUCUAUGUGUACUGUCAACGUUUCCACAAGCCAUCACAAGAGUCAGCGGUCAUCCAUCCCACCACCCCCAACCACCUGAACUACAAGGGCAACACCACACCAAAGAAUGAGAAGUACACGCCUAUGGAGUUUAAGACAUUGAACAAGAACAACCUGCUUCCAGAUGAAAGAUCCAACUUGUACCCGACGCCCCUCCAGCAGACCAACGUCUACACCACCACCUACUAUCCCACGACGCUCGGAAAGUUCGACUACCAACCAAACUCCUCCCCUUCGCCGUGCAGAACCUACAACAACAGUAACAACAGCUGAGACACAGCCCACGGACAACUCUUUGUUCCCCUACCCCAGAAGGACACUGCCCACUGCCAUGUUGGCUGAAGCAACAUCCACUGAAGUGUUUUUCUCAGAGCUUGGCUAGGAUUCUUUGUGCACCAUCGCUCUUCUCCUCGCUCCCAGUGUCCUCUGCAUGGUGGGGUUUGUGAUUUCAGUGGAACUUUUCCAUCAGAAGAUGUGGCUUUGGAGGACAGUGUAAAGCCCACGUUAGUCAGCCAGUUGGGGGUUUGUUUGGUUUUUAAAGAGCCCGACUGGAUUAAGCUGUGUCAACUCGCUGCUUUAGAUUGGAAACAAGUGGAAAGAGCUGGAGGAGAACACACUGACUGUCGGGAUUGUUGUGACUGCUGGUGCCGGCUGAUCUGAAUAAGACAUGAAACACUUUUUCUCUGGGUUUGACUCACUGUUGUACGCCUCAUUCCACAUUCUCCGCCUGUAACAAGCUUGUGUUCCUGCGCAACACAAACAGCUACAGAGGACGAAGCCUCACAUGGUCGUGUCCUGCCGCACAGCACAGAGGAAGGCAACAACAACAAAAGAGGAAAUGCAAUGAGCUCAAUGAUUAGAUAAAUUACAGAUCUGUAUCGGCUCGGUUGUUUGGGGGGGAUGCACUCCUUUUAUUGUUGGGAUUUCACGAGACAGGAAAGAUAAGAACUUUGAAGUUGAUUGAGGUUUUGUACUAAAAAAAGUAAGAACAAAACAGCGUCACCCUCAGCUGAGGAGAAAUCUCAUCUCCACUCGAGGCUCACGCCUUUUGUUAACGAGGACUCACGAGGUCAAAGCGAGGAGUGUGGGGAGCAUUCUGAAAGCUUUGGGAAAGCCAAGGUUGCCUGUACCCAAUGGAGGGCAGGGGUGAUUAUUCCUUUGAUUUUUCUAUAUCUUCUCUUUUUUUUUUCUUUGCAAGAACAACAAUAACUUCUGGAAGAGAAUUAAUUGAUUCUCCAAUUAAUUCUUCAUUGAAGGACUGCAGUUCUACUGAGUGCUAAUUAACGUGGCGGCCAUAUCAAAUAUGGCUGCGGUUCUAGAAAGUGGGUUUUCUAUGAAAGUAGAAUAAGCUAGCAAAGAAGCACUUGUCCUUUUUUGAUUUUUAAAUAUUGUUUUAAGAUGUUGAUUGAUUUAUGCUCCAAUGAGCUGUAGCAUAGGAGGAAAUAUUUUUGUUAAAAAAAUGUAACAGAUUUUAGCUUUUUUUUCACUUCACUGAAGGGUUAUACAUUUCUAAUCUUCAUUACGUGAAAUAUUCUAAAUUAAAUCAUGAUUUUUAAUGUUUUGGAGCUUGUUGAGUUUUUUUUUUUUUGUUUUUUUGUUUUUGCCUACAAAUACUAACAACACAACCCCUUUGCCCAAACUUAAAGAAAAAAUCGAACUAUGCUUGCCUAGAAGUUUGUCCGUUAAAAAAAUGUAAAAAAUGAACGCAUGAAUGUGUGAAUGUGUGUAGGUGAAAGCACAUGUGUGCCAGAACAAAGAAAACAGGGGAGGAGUGGUUGUAUUUUGUAUAAUGUAAAUGCUUUCAUACAUAUGACUGAGUUUUGGUUUUGUGGUUCCCUCUUUAAGAAUUUUUCUUGUUUGCUUUUCUCUAUUGUGUACUGUGGCCCUGAAGGGCAAAUCACUCAACGCAAAAAUAACACAAGUAAAAAAGCAAAAAAAAUAUUAAAAAGAAAACAAUAUUACAUUUUUAUAAACAAAUUCCAGACAGCAAAGGAAAAAAAACAGAAGUACUGGAAAGAUAAGUAGCUAUUAUGAGGCAUCGCUGAUUGGAUGAUGUUUGGCCAUAAUUUUGACUAAAAGCUGUUUGAUAUGAAUCAAUACUGGAUACUAGUACAUGUCUUUUCCAGUUUAUCAUUGUGUUCCUUUUUUUACAUUUUGCUUUCUGAAAAAUACUUUUGUUUUCGGAAAUGUUUUGAUUUUAGGUUCAAUGAAGUUUAAGUUUAAUUUAUAUGGCGCCUUAAAAUGACCUCGAUCAAAACAAGGCGCCGUAGCUUAAAAGUUUUAAAAAACAAUAAAAACAACUGCAAGUUUUUGUUUUUUACGUUUCAGUUUCUGGAGUUUUGUUUUAUUUUCCUAAAAUGCAAUGCUGUUUUUUAAAUAUUUUAUUUGCGUCGAUUGAUUGGCUGGUGAGAUUUGAACUUCAAGGCCACCGUAGUUGUAGAAUCACAAGAUAAAUCAUCACCUCUUUCUCAGCGCUGACAUUAUUUAUAGUCAGUUUGAAUUGUAAAGGGCAUUUUCACUGUUAUAUUUUAUCAUACUUUCCUGAUAGACGAGUUCUAACCCGACUUUUGAGUUCAGCUAAGUGUACACGCACAACACGAGAGCUCUAUUUGUACAUAGAAGCAGCAGCUUUCAGCCCAUUCAGCGUUCUCGACGAGGAAUGUGUAAAUGUAUCUGUAUAUUGUACAGUUAACACUGUUUGUUUAAAAAAAGAAGAAGAAAAAAAAGAAAAGCCUUACAGUUGUUUAAAAAAAAAAAAAGUGCAUCAGCUAAGUAAACAGCAAACCGAGAGGAUUGUCUGGACAAAGCUUCACAACGUGACUCACCGCCUGUUGACAACAACCUGCAGCUGAUCAAACACCAUGUUUCCAGAGAGCUGGAACCAAGACGGACAAUAACUUUGUGAAGCAUUAUUGACCCCAUUAUACAAUUUAAACUAGCAAACAGUGGUUAAGUGGAAUUCGUUUUCUAAAUCAAGCCCCUGCUAGCCUGGUUAAAACCCUCCCUUCAUUUCAUUGGUAACUCCACUCUGUACCCUGCAACGUGAGGCCCUUCUAUGCAACUUACCAGGUGUACUGUUAGACCUGUCAUGUAGACUAUAAUCACUGCCUUUUAGACACUGUGAAUUUUUUGUACUCUAUAUUUUUGUAUAUUGUACAUUAAAAGAGACAAUAAACCUUAAUGCAAACAUGAA